GAUCAGACCAGAACUCCCCUCUGGAUCUCUGAACUGGAUCCCAGUGACUUCUCCUCACAGACACAAAGGACCGACGGAACCUCACCCUGGACCCGGACCAUGAGGAGUCCGCCUGAGGCCCGCAGGCUCCGAGGCAGCGGCAGGUUGACGGUUUGAAUCCCGGAGAGAGUCCGAGAACGGAGGAGCUGCCGAGCGGAGCUGUGGCCUCCGGAGGAGAUUCAUGUCAUGUCAGCGGGGAGGAGUGCUGACGGGAGGGAGGUGCAGAUUCCCCUCCAGCAGGUGGCGCCCUCCCUGACCACGCCCCUCUCGUUGGCUCCGCCCAUCAUCCCGCCCUCUCACCGCCAAGUCAAUCCCUGGCCUCCCAGUGACCCCACCACGUCGCAAGGUGUCCCUGCAGGGUUCUUGCCUCUUCACGGAGGAUUCAGAGAUCACUUUGUUUUGACUCCAGAAGCCAAAUACUGCUGUGAGACCUGCCGCCUGGUCUUGUGUCAGCCCCGCCAGACAGAGUGUGGACAUCGCUUCUGUCAGAGCUGCAUCAACGACAUCCUCAGUCAUCAAAACCCAGUAUGUCCAGCUGACAUGGAGCCUCUGUUCAAAGACAAGAUCUUCAGAGACGUUUGCUGCCAUCGGGAGAUCAUGGCACUGAGAGUUUACUGUCGCAGUGAAGCUAACGGCUGUCAGGAGCAGAUGAGUCUGCAGCAGAUACCAGACCACCUGAAUGUGUGUCCGUUCUUCGAGGUUCCCUGUCCGUUGGGUAAAUGUAAAGAACGAAUGAUGAGGAAAGAGAUUCCUGACCACCUGAGCUGGAAAUGUAAACACAGAGAGACCAGCUGCGAGUUCUGCAUGACCAAGAUGCCUCUCACCGACCUGCAGAAACACAAAGAGACGGUGUGUCCAGCGUUCCCAGUGUCGUGUCCAAACCACUGCUCCUUUUCCUCCCUUCCCCGGAGUGAGCUGUCCAGCCACCAACACGACUGUCCCAAAGCUCAGGUGAGCUGUCAGUUCACCCGCUACGGCUGCACCUUUAAGGGUUUGAACCAGGACAUGAGGCAACAUGAGUCCACCUUGGCAGCUGAACACCUGAGAAUGAUGGCCAACAGAAACUCCACGAUAGAGAACAAGGUGGAGGAUAUUAAAGGUGAGCUGUUGGAGAGGUACAAGGUGCUCCCUGCUCUCAGCAGUCGACUGUCUGAACUGGAGAACCAGAGCGACGAGCUGAGAGAGAAGAACCGACAGAUGGAGCAGAAACUGGCCACCAUGCAGAAACUAAUGAGCUCUCAUUCAGAGAAGCUCCUGGAGGUGGAGCUGGAACUUCGUUCUCUCCGUGUGCUCAGAGACGAGGUGGAGAGCCUGAGAGGAACGCUGGAGACCGUCCGGACGAGACUGAACACUCUAGAACAAGGGGGACGCAGCGGGACUGGAUCCACAACACAUACUCUGGCAUCCAUGGAGAAUCAGCUGAAGCGACAUGAUGAGAUGCUGAGUGUCCAUGAGAUCCGUUUAGCCGACAUGGACCUGCGUUUCCAGGUGCUAGAGACGGCGAGUUACAACGGGACACUGAUCUGGAAGAUCCGGGACUACAAGAGAAGGAAACAGGAAGCGGUGGCGGCGAAGACACUGUCGCUGUACUCACAGCCAUUCUACACAGGAUAUUUUGGGUACAAGAUGUGCGCCCGUGUGUACCUGAACGGAGACGGCAUGGGCAAGGGGACGCACCUAUCACUGUUCUUCGUGGUGAUGAGAGGCGAGUACGACGCCCUGCUGCCCUGGCCCUUCAAACAGAAGGUAACUCUGAUGCUGAUGGACCAGGGUCCGUCGAGGAAACACUUGGGGGAUGCCUUUAAGCCUGAUCCAAACAGCAGCAGCUUCAGACGCCCUGCAGCAGAGAUGAACAUUGCCUCUGGUUGUCCUCUGUUUGUUUCUCAGAGCGUCCUGGAGACUGGCAGCUACAUCAAAGACGACACCAUCUUCAUCAAGGUUACCGUGGAUACCUCCGACCUACCUGACCCGUGAUGUUACGAACCCUCUGACCGCGCUGGUCUGAGAUCUGCUCACCUGUCCACGCCCAGAGCAAAGGAUGAUGGGAAGGAUCAGUGACAAUGAAGGAGGCACGUCUAUCUGAGAGAGACGACAACAGAAGAGAAGAAGAAGAAACAGACAGGAAGCAGCCAAUCAGAGUGAACUUUACAGAGACCGGAGGGCAGGUCUUCUUCUGAUUGGCUGAUGGACUAAAGAGCUGUGUGUGUGUGCGUGUGCGUGUCCGCGUGCGUGUAUGUGUGUGGAUCAGUGUUGCCAUGACAUCACCAUGGUGUGAUCACUCAGAGCCACAAUGGCUGCCACAGCGAGGACAUUGUUGCUGCUCAUUACUGAUGCUGUGCAUCGAGUUUUACUUCCUGUUUAUUAUGUGUUUACUAAGGCAUGCUGGGAAAUCCACUGCAGCCAAAGAGAAGCUCAGACAACCAGUACAGACCAGCAGGAUAAAGUACAAAACCCUUCACAUUAAAAUGUACUCAAUGAAACUAUUUACAUUUAACAAGACCCAUUAAAAACCGUUAAGACCAGGAGAGUCGCACAAAGAACCGAGGAAGACCUGUUUAGACCCAGUACAAACCAGUGAAGACCUGUUUAGACCCAGUACAAACCAGUGAAGACCUGUUUAGACCCAGUACAAACCAGUGAAGACCUGUAAGUGAGAGUAGAACCUGAAUGAACCCAGAGUAUGGAAAUUAAUUUAAACAAGAGAAACCAUCCAAAAGUGUCAGCAGAACGAUUCAUCGCUCUCAGUAUAAAUUCACUGUAUGUACCAAUAUAAGUUCCCAGUAUGUCCCAGUAUAAGUUUCCAGUUUAUCUCAAUAUAAGUUCCCAGUCUGUCCCAGUGUAGGUUCCCAGUUCAGGUUCCGAGUAUAAGUUCCCAGUCUAACCCAGUAUAGGUCCCCAGUAUAAGUUCCCAGUACAGGUUCCUAGUAGAAGUUCCCAGUCCGUCCCAGUACAGGUUCCCAGUAUAAGUUCCCAGUCUGUCCCAGUAUAGGCUCCCAGUUCAGGUUCCCAUUCUGUCCCAUUACAGGUUCCCAGUAUAAGUUCCCAGUCUGUCCCAGUAUAAGUUCCCACUUUGUCCCAGUACAGGUUCCCAGUAUAAGUUCCUAGUCUGUCCCAGUACAGGUUCCCAGUAUAAGUUCCCAGUCUGUCCUAGUAUAAGUUCCAAAUCUGUCCCAGUACAGGUUCUCAGUUCAGGUUCCCAGUAUAAGUUCCCAGUCUGUCCCAGUACAGGCUCCCAGUAUACGUUUCCAGUCUGUCUCAGUACAGGUUCCCAGUUUGUCCCAGCACAGGUUCCCAGUCUGUUCCAGUACGGGUUCCCAGUUCAGGGUCCCAGUGUGUCCCAGUACAGGUUCCCAGUUCAGGGUCCCAGUAUAAGUUCCCAGUCUGUCCCAGUAUAAGUUCCCAGUCUGUCCUAGUAUAAGUUCCAAAUCUGUCCCAGUACAGGUUCUCAGUUCAGGUUCCCAGUAUAAGUUCCCAGUCUGUCCCAGUACAGGCUCCCAGUAUAAGUUCCCAGUCUGUCCGAGUACAGGCUCCCAGUAUAAGUUCCCACUUUGUCCCAGUACAGGUUCCCAGUAUAAGUUCCUAGUCUGUCCCAGUACAGGUUCCCAGUAUAAGUUCCCAGUCUGUCCUAGUAUAAGUUCCAAAUCUGUCCCAGUACAGGUUCUCAGUUCAGGUUCCCAGUCUGUCCCAGUACAGGCUCCCAGUAUAAGUUUCCAGUCUGUCUCAGUACAGGUUCCCAGUUUGUCCCAGUACAGGUUCCCAGUCUGUUCCAGUACGGGUUCCCAGUAUAAGUUCCCAGUGUGUCCCAGUACAGGUUCCCAGUUCAGGGUCCCAGUAUAAGUUCCCAGUCUGUCCCAGUACAGGUUCCCAGUAUAAGUUCCCAGUCUGUCCUAGUAUAAGUUCCAAAUCUGUCCCAGUACAGGUUCUCAGUUCAGGUUCCCAGUAUAAGUUCCCAGUACAGGCUCCCAGUAUAAGUUCCCAGUGUGUCCCAGUACAGGUUCCCAGUGUGUCCCAGUACAGGUUCCCAGUUCAGGGUCCCAGUAUAAGUUCCCAGUACAGGUUCCCAGUGUGUCCCAGUACAGGUUCCCAGUUCAGGGUCCCAGUAUAAGUUCCCAGUACAGGUUCCCAGUACAGGUUCCCAGUGUGUCCCAGUACAGGUUCCCAGUUCAGGGUCCCAGUAUAAGUUCCCAGUCUGUCCCAGUACAGGUUCCCAGUAUAAGUUCCCAGUCUGUCCUAGUAUAAGUUCCAAAUCUGUCCCAGUACAGGUUCUCAGUUCAGGUUCCCAGUCUGUCCCAGUAUAAGUUUCCAGUCUGUCCCAGUACAGGUUCCCAGUUUGUCCCAGUACAGGUUCCCAGUCUGUUCCAGUACGGGUUCCCAGUGUGUCCCAGUACAGGUUCCCAGUGUGUCCCAGUACAGGUUCCCAGUAUAAGUUCCCAGUGUGUCCCAGUACAGGUUCCCAGUUCAGGGUCCCAGUAGAAGUUCCCAGUACAGGUUCCCAGUUCAGGGUCCCAGUAUAAGUUCCCAGUACAGGUUCCCAGUACAGGUUCCCAGUACAGGUUCCCAGUAUAAGUUCCCAGUCUGUCUGUGGGGUUUCGAUUCAUUUGCACAGUUUGAAUGUUUGUUAAAAGCGUCAAAAUAAAACACAAAGAAAACACAGAGAA